AUGUCAGAGAUACUUGACCUCUCAUUUCUGUCUGAGGUGGAGAGGGAUUUCAUCCUCAGUGUUCUACAACGAGAUGAGGAGCUCCGUAAAGCUGAUGAGAAAAGGAUUAGGCGACUGAAGAAUGAGUUACUGGAGAUAAAAAGGAAAGGGGCCAAGAGGGGCAGCCAGCACUAUAGUGAUCGGACCUGUGCUCGGUGCCAGGAAAGCCUGGGUCGUUUGACUCCCAAGACCAACACUUGUCGGGGCUGUAAUCAUCUGGUAUGUCGGGACUGCCGAAUCCAGGAAUGCAAUGGUACCUGGAGGUGCAAAGUGUGUGCCAAGGAAAUAGAACUGAAGAAGGCGACCGGUGACUGGUUUUAUGACCAGAAAGUGAAUCGCUUUGCUUACCACACAGGCAGUGAGAUAAUUAGGAUGUCCCUGCGCCGCAAACCCACAGUGAAUAAAAGAGAGACAGUGGCACAGUCCCUUCUUUAUCAGUCACAGAUGGAUGAUAUCUGGCCAGGAAGAAAGAUCAUUGAGGAGCAACAGAAGGAACCCCGUGUGCCAUUUGAAGUGCCCAAGCUGAAAAGUGGAAAGAGUGCACUGGAGGCUGAGAGUGAGAGUCUGGAUAGCUACACAGCUGACUCGGAUAGCAUGUCAAGGAGAGACUCUCUGGAUAAAUCUGGACUCUUUCCAGAAUGGAAGAAGAUGUCUGCCCCCACAUCUCAAGUAGAAAAGGAAACUCAGCCUGGGAGUCAAAAUGCAGUAUCAGUUGAUGAGGGUGAAAUGAUAUUUAAGAAGAACACUAGAAAAAUUCUCAGACCUUCAGAGUAUACGAAAUCUGUGAUUGAUCUUCGCCCAGAAGAUGUGGGACAUGAAAGUGGUUCCUUGGGAGACAGAAGCAAAUCUGUCCCAGGUCUCAGUGUAGAUAUGGAAGAGGAAGAGGAAGAAGAAGACAUUGACCAUCUGGUGAAGCUUCAUCGCCAGAAGCUAGCCAGAAGCAGCAUGCGAAGUGGUUCAUCCAUGAGUACAAUUGGCAGCAUGAUGAGCAUCUAUAGUGAAGCUGGCGAUUUUGGAAACAUCUUUGUGACUGGCAAGAUUGUCUUUUCCUUGAAGUAUGAGCAGCAAACACAGACUCUGGUCAUCCAUGUGAAGGAGUGCUACCAGCUGGCCUAUGCUGAUGAAGCCAAGAAGCGCUCUAACCCAUAUGUAAAGACUUAUCUUCUGCCUGACAAGUCCCGCCAGGGAAAAAGAAAAACGAGCAUCAAGCGGGACACCAUCAAUCCGCUAUAUGACGAGACCCUCAGAUAUGAGAUCCCAGAAUCUCUCCUGGCCCAGAGGACGUUGCAGUUCUCAGUUUGGCAUCACGGUCGUUUUGGCAGAAACACUUUCCUUGGAGAGGCAGAGGUCCAGAUGGAUUCCUGGAAAAUUGAUAAGAAACUGGAUCACUGCCUGCCUUUACAUGGGAAGAUCAGUGCUGAGUCCCCGACUGGCUUGCCAUCACACAAAGGCGAGUUGGUGGUUUCAUUGAAAUACAUCCCAGCCUCCAAACUCCCUGUUGGAGGUGACCGGAAAAAGAGUAAAGAUGGGGAAGGGGGAGAGCUCCAGGUGUGGAUCAAAGAAGCCAAGAACCUGACGGCUGCCAAAUCAGGAGGGACUUCAGACAGCUUUGUGAAGGGAUACCUCCUUCCCAUGAGGAACAAGGCCAGUAAGCGUAAAACUCCUGUGAUGAAGAAGACCCUGAAUCCCCACUACAACCAUACAUUUGUCUACAAUGGUGUGAGGCUGGAAGAUCUACAACACAUGUGCCUGGAACUGACUGUGUGGGACCGGGAGCCCCUGGCCAGCAAUGACUUCCUGGGAGGGGUCAGGCUGGGUGUUGGCACUGGGAUCAGUAAUGGGGAAGUGGUGGACUGGAUGGACUCGACUGGGGAAGAAGUGAGCCUGUGGCAGAAGAUGCGACAGUACCCAGGGUCUUGGGCAGAAGGGACUCUGCAGCUCCGUUCCUCGAUGGCCAAGCAGAAGCUGGGCUUAUGAGUCCCUGUCCUUUUCUGCAGGUCCAGCCCUGUCCAGGGCAAGUCAGAGGAAGCGAAGAAACCAAGAGCAAAGAUUUAUUG